AUAUUCAUGUCCUGGUCAAGUGGGCGGGGUUAAACUGGUCUUUUUAUAGUGGGCCUUAUUAUGUGUCUUUUAUAUGGCUCUUGUUAAGGCUUCUGGAAUUUUUUGAGCCCAAACAAAAUUUUCUUAACUUUAUAGAGGCUAAAAGAUCAGUUUCCAAUUGUAAAUAAACCCCAUUCUAGUGCAUCUUUUACACGUCUCAGGUCCAUUCGUGAUUGAGCGACUUUUGUUCAAGACUAGGAAGAUUUUACAGCAUCCAAAUGGCGUUCUCCAAAAGCACACUUGCAGAAGGCUCCUAUGAGAAGGUGUACAUAGAAAUGUACAAUAACAACUGGGCAGCAGUCAAAAAGGUCCCCCGUCUUCUUGUCAGCAGGGAGGACGUGGAGAGAGAAUGUAAAGUAUACAACAAAGCAAAGCAUCCCAACAUUGUCCAGCUUCUGGGUAAUAUAAGUAUCAGAGAAGAAAUGUGGAUUAUUCCAUUGGAGUAUAUCUACGGAGAGAAUUUGGAGCAAAUCAUCUUUAAUGCUACAGUGUCUAAGAUACAGUUGACUUCAUCAGUCAGAGCUACAGUCAUCAUAGGCAUGUGUGAAGGCCUGCUUCAUCUUCACUCCAAAGACAUCGUUCAUCAAGAUCUCAAGCCUGAUAACAUCAUGGUGGAAUAUAACACACACAGAGCAGUGAUCAUUGACCUGGGACUCGCCAAGUUCUUCAAACUAGGACUGAACUCUGCAGCAAACUUGGGGAAUGAUGCCUAUUCGGCCCCCGAAGUGCUUCUUGGAUACAGCCAGCGGAGUCAUUGCUCAGAUGUUUGGGCCAUGGGGAAAAUAAUAGCAGAGCUCCACACUAGAGUUCGUCUUCCCACGUCCAGCCUCUGUCCCACCACGAUAAGGAUGUUGCUGAAACAUCAGCCCUUCAGCAGUGCUGUGUGUAGGAUGGUGGAACCAAAUUCUUCUCAGAGGACCUCCAUGUCUGGGGUAAUAGAUGAUAUUCGCUGUGCCGGGGGAGCAGGAUCUAGCGGUCCAGUAUCUCCAAUAACCAAGGCUGUACAGCUCAGCCAAUCAUCAUCCACGCUGGCGGUCAGAGGAAAUGUCACGCAGGGAUUGAUGAAAAUGAAUCAGCACCAAGAAAUUACUAAUAAUGCUCCCUUCAACCUGCCAACCACUGGGAGGGUGGUGAUGAACGAUUAUGAGGCGAAAAGUGAAAAAGGUGGAAGAUGGAAGCGGACAGAAGUGACAACUCGAGAUGGAAAGAUCGUUAAAUAUAAAGAUGUCCAGUUUGAUUUUGAUUAAGACUCCAUAAACAAGCUAAAACCAAUCAUGCUGGUUUAAUGGUUUGUCUGUGCUUCACUAAAUACUAUGCUAAUUACUGCAUAUUAUUACAACAAUCCACUUAUCAUAAAAGUGUAAUUAAGGCCAUUUUUAUUGUUGUUUCUCUUUUGAAAAAGCUUGCUUUGUGUUUCUUUAAUUUAUUCAUAUUUCAUAUUUUAAUCAUAAUUAUUUUGAUGAUCUCACCUUAUAUUCACAAACUAUAAUGCAUGUAAACUAUAACAAAGGCAAAUAAAAAUAAAAUAAAAUCUAAAUGAUUAAGCUAUGUUUAUUAGAACAUUUACAUCAGACUUUCAUUUGAGCAUUUAUUUCAUGUUUUAAAUGAAAAGUUUUACAUUCUUCUGUAGUUUCAUGUUUUUUUUUUAAUUUUAUUCUUGUUAUGGACAUAUCCCUUGUCUGAAAUAAAGUUUGAUUGAUUGAUUGAAGUAAA